AGUUCUAGCUUUACCAAUUGGCGCAUGCUCCACCAGCCUGUCUUAAUAGAAUGCUGUUCAUCGUUAAAAGCAAGACAUAGCGCAUCACUCAUUAUCUUUGCUUUUGUUGGACGGAGAAAUGCUUUAUAUGCUUUUAUAUGUUGUUUCCUGGACAGUAUACACUAUGUUUGACUGUGGUAUAAAAAUCUUCCCUGAAUCAAGUGAUGAAGUCCAUAUGGAGAUGGAUUGGCUGUCUAUGACCCAACUUAGAGGUUGUUACACCCUUAUGUUAGCAACCCCACAAGAAAGCUCCAGGCCUUUAACCUAUGACACAAUGGCUGCAACUCGCCCGGAUGGGAUUGAAAUGGCACUUAUGCGCAAGUGUGAAUCAAGUGUGAAUCAAUCAACCCAAGCAUAUGCCAAUAUCUAUUCUGGCUUGAUCCAAGAUCCCAAUUUCAAAACAACCUGGCUUCAUUCAAGAUAUUGAGUAGAUAGGUGGAUGAAAGCAGGUGAGACGGGGAAAGAGAUUUUUAGGCAACUACGGGGGAGAAUGAGAGGGAGAGAUUUGGUGCUAAGAUGGGGGAUGCAAGGAAGAAUGUCGAGUUUUCUAGGGUUUCCAUGUGUGCAAGCAUAUAUGCUGUGGACUGGUUUGCUUGGUCCCUCGACCGGGCAUGCACAUAUUCCAAACAUAUCAGCAAGUAGGGAUUACUGGUUAAAUUGGCUGUAUCAUUUGCGUUGUAUCUUCAUUGAUUGUAUCAGUCAUGUAGUUGAUAUUUCUAGGACUAACCGAUUCAUCAAAUGCUUGUUUCUGGUUCAUUAACAAAGGCUGAAAGAGGGCAUUUGUGGGACUCCAA